GGAGGGAAAAUAAAGAACUUGACAGAAUUCAAGAACGGUUGUCAGUAGAAACCAAGAAGGAAUGUCACUGUAGCAAAUGUGAUCAUCUAGGUCUUAUAAGUGCACAAUGAAUCAUCAGGUUGCAAGGAUUGUGGGAUGGACAUUGGUUGCCAGGAUACAAGUAUAGUCACAUGUGACUGCCCCUGGCAUAAACAGGAAGCUCUGAGGAAACAGCACAAACUUGAGGUCUCCUUGCGGCAGAAAUCACUGGAGAAUGUUUCCUUUCCAAAUAAAAAGGUGAUAGAAGAAUACCUGAACCCUGGUCUCAAGUCUUGUUCGGAAAUCCCAAAAUCAUCCAUAAAUGUGCCAAAGCUAUUGACAUUCUUGAAACAUCAUCUUGGUUGGCAGUCUGAGGAAGUUUUAGGCAAGAUGGUUCCCAUUGUGAUAUUGAAGGAGAUGAGGGAAGCUGGGAGCCAACCUGAUUUAAUGUUUACUCCAGUCAGGAUAUUAAGGGCCUGUAAAGAGAAUCAUGUAGAUUGUUAUGAAGUGCUGUGGGACAAAACAGAUAGGAACCAUUGGGCAGGUGCAAAUUUUUCAACAAACAUAAAGGAAAAGGUGGAAAAGUCCCUGUUAAAGACUGUUUAUCCAGUACUGGUCACAAGGUUUGAACAAGAACUGACAGAGAAGAAGACUGGAAGUGGAAAGAAGAGGAAAGCUGAGGGGUUGAAAGGUCAGCCAAAACUUACACAGUUCACAAAGAUCAAGAAAAAACUUCCGUUUACUGAAGAAAUGAGUGCUGGCACUCAGAAGGACGACUUUAUUAACAUAGAUGACAACAGUGUUGUUGAUUUAACAAAGGUUGAUGAUACUAGACUGUCAAGAAAAACAUCUGCAGAUCUCCAUGAAGAUGACAAAGGGAAAAUUGAUACAAAUAACUGUGGUCCAGAAAAUUCAUUACAGAUUAAGAAUUCCAAACAAAAAACACUAAAUGAGGAUGGAAAAUUAGGAAAAUGUUUUCAGAAAAAGUCUGUCAGGCAAGGUGCCUCUGGGAAGAGAAAAGGUGACAAAACACCAGAUGGAAUGACUUCUAUCAGAAGCUUUUUUGUGAAGAAAGAUGUUGCAUCAGUUGAAUUUAAGAAAAAUGACACUUCAGCAUUUAAAAAGAUGAAUACAUAGGUAAAAAAGAAUACUGCAAAAUCAUUAUUAUUCACGGGUCUCUAAUUUUCAUGGUUUUCAUGAAUUAAAGAUCCAACAAAGUCUUCUUUAACUUCAAAACACUUGACAAUCUGAUUUAUAUAUAGUACAAAUCAGAUAACCUUGUGUUUUGAUAUAUAUAGGUAUGGUAUGGCUAUAAAAGUGAUGAUGUCACAAUGAAGUUAAAAAAAAAACUUUGAUAUAUAAGCCAUUAAGGUCAGUUAGCACGAAGAAUAUGCAACAGUUGCUGUCACAGCCUGUGGUGUAGUGGUUCACGUACUGGACUGACAAUCAAGGGACUUGUGGUUUGAGUACCGGUUAUGACGUGCAAAUUUUUUUGUGUGAUUUUUCAGCAUAUAUUGGUCUAUGUGUUAAUCUUUUAUCUGAUGCAGCUAUAAUUUGGUCUAAUCUUAUAAAAACUGCCAGUGUUUUUAAUGACACUAUGUUAUCAUACUGCGAUAACCUGCAGUCCGUAGAGUUUAAAACAUAACAUAUUUUCUCUGUGUGUGUUGGUGUUUAAAAGAUGUUUGUUUUACAUUUGAAAAGAGUCAGUAUAGUAAUAAUCAUCUGUAAGUUUAGUUAACUUUUUACGUAAAUUUGGACUCGCGAAAAAAGUAAAAUUACGUUAGUUGCAUUUUACUAAAUUUACAUCCGCAGUUCAUGAUUGUAACUUGAUGUUUAAAUGUGUACCUAAGAAAGUUUAGAGAAACGCAAAUAAAUACGUAGGUUCUGCUUACGCAAAAAGUUAUGUUCAAACUUGCGUUACGAUAACGUAAGUACGUUUGUGAAACGCACCCCAGAGUUUUCAAAAAGGGGUCAAAUUUGUUGGACAAGCCACUAGGGAUUAAACGAUGAUCGAGUAUAAUAAAAAAUUGAUCGUUUAUUGGACAGGACGGCGAUGAUCGAAUACCAAGUUGAAUAAUCGAUAAUAGGUAAUUUUCAAUGAUCGAUUAUGACUUUUGUCCGAUUAAGAAACCCUACAAUCCACUAUUAAAUAAGGGAUGCAUGGUUAUAGUGUUAGUGUGGUUAUUCUAUUCUUUAAACCAGUUUCCUGCAAAAGAAUACGGUUACCAUUAAUUAUUAAAAAAUAUCACUUACAUAUAAAUAUGAAUAAUCUUAAUAAAGGUCAAACAACUUGAUAGUUUUGCAUCAUUUGUAUCUCAGGUGAGAGAUCCAGGGCCAUGAUGGCCCUCUUGUUAUGCUAAGUUAUAGUGCAUUAAAUUAUGAUUGUUAUUAAAAUUCUAGUCACGUA